AUGCAAUUAGAAAAAAUGUUAACUGAAGUAAAUAUAGAGAGAAGUAAAUUUAAUACAUAUAAUGUAUUAUUACAAUAUAUUAAAGCAGUAACACAAAAAUAUAACUUAAAUAAAGUAUCAUCCAAAUAUGGAAAGGUAUUAUUUAUUAAGGAUGGAGUAGUAAAAGUAAGUGGAUUAAGUCAAAUCAAAAUUGGAGAAAAAGUAGAAUUUGUAGGAAAAAAUUUAUAUGGAAUGGCUUUAAAUUUAGAAGCAACAAGUGUCGGAAUUGUAAUAUUUGGAGAAGAUACAGCAAUUUAUGAAGGAGUAAUCGUAAAAAGAUGUGAACAAAAUUUUGCAAUUAAAGUAGAUAAAACAAUGUUAGGAAGAGUAGUAGAUGUAUUAGGACAACCAAUCGAUGGAUUAGGAGAAUUAAAAGAUACAAAAACAACAAGAGUAAUGAGUGUAGAAAGAAAAGCACCAGGAAUAGUAACAAGAAAAUCAGUACAUGAAUCAAUGUUAACAGGAGUAAAAAUAGUAGAUGCAUUAUUACCAAUUGGAAGAGGACAAAGGGAAUUAAUAAUUGGAGAUAGACAAACAGGAAAAUCAGCAAUAGCAGUAGAUGCGAUUUUAAAUCAACAAGUAAAUAAAGAUAUUGUAUGUAUAUAUGUAGCAGUUGGACAAAAAAAAUCAACAGUUAGACGAUUAGUAGAAAUGUUAAAUACAAAAGGAGCAUUAGAAUAUACAAUUGUCGUAGUAUCAACAGCAUCAGAUGCAGCACCAUUACAAUUUUUAGCACCAUAUACAGGAUGUACAAUUGGAGAAUAUUUUAGAGAUGAAGGAAAACAUGCAUUAAUAGUAUAUGAUGAUUUAAGUAAACAUGCAGUAGCAUAUCGACAAAUGUCAUUAUUAUUAAGAAGACCACCAGGAAGAGAAGCAUAUCCAGGAGAUGUAUUUUAUAUUCAUUCAAGAUUAUUAGAAAGAGCAGCAAAAUUAAAUGAAAAAUAUGGUUGUGGAUCAUUAACAGCAUUUCCAAUUGUAGAAACACAAGCAGGAGAUGUAUCAGCUUAUAUUCCAACAAAUAUUAUUUCAAUUACAGAUGGACAAAUUUUCUUAGAAAAAGAAUUAUUUAAUAAAGGAAUUAGACCUGCUGUAAAUGUAGGAUUAUCUGUAAGUCGAGUAGGAUCAGCAGCUCAAUCUGCUGUAAUGAAAAAAUUAGCUGGAGCUUUAAAAUUAGAAUUAGCACAAUAUCGAGAAUUAGCUAGAUUUGAACAAUUUUCGAGUAAUGCUGAUGCUGUUACAACACAAAUUUUAAAAAAAGGAAAAUUAACUAUUGAAUUAUUAAAACAAGUAAAUAAUAAUCCUAUGUCAAUUGGUCUUGAAGCUUUAAUGAUUUAUGCUAUGGGUACUUCUUAUUUCCAAAAUUUAGAUUUAUCUUUAGUUAGAUCGGAAGAAACAAAAUUAUUAAAUUAUAUCAAUUCGAUUGCUAGCUUUAAACUAUAUGCUGCUUGUGUUGAUGCUGUUAAAGCUUUCAAUCCAAAAGAUACAGUUUUUGCUGAAAUGUGUCAAUCUUACGUUAAAUAA